CAAUGAACAAGUAUGUUUCCGGUGCUAUGCCAUGGCUCUUUACAGAAUCAUGGUGGCGGUGCCAAUCACGUGAUUGGAAUUUUACAGCUCCACUAGAUCACUAGUUCCACAUCGCCCUCGACGUCCUCAAGUUCGCCACAUAAUCGCCCUCUUCAAUGGUAAGUUUUUGUCUUUUGCAUGUCAUAGUCUGAAUCUGCAGCAGAAUCAUGUCGGAAUACGAACAAUUCGAAUCCAAAUGGCCUCAUUUGAACUUGCUGCAACUUACGCCGCACUUAUCCUCGCUGAUGAGGGUAUUGAAAUUACCGCUGACAAAAUACUCGCCUUGACUGAAGCCGCCUCGGUCGAGCUCGAGCCAAUCUGGGCAACUCUCCUUGCUAAGGCUUUGGAGGGAAAGAAUGUGAAGGAUCUGCUAUCAAACGUCGGUGCUGGUGGAGGUGCACCGGCCGUUGGCGCACCCGUUGCUGCUGCCGUUGGUGGUGCAGCUGCCGUCGAGGCACCAAAAGAAGAGGAGAAGAAGGAGGAAGCAAAAGAGGAGUCAGACGACGAUAUGGGCUUCGGGCUGUUCGACUGAUCUGCAGUUUUCCUUUGUUAUGUCAUUCAUCCACUGCAUACGUCACAUGGGUUCACUCUCUACAUCCUGUAUUAUAUUCCUUACGC